AGAGAUCAGCGGCUGGUGAAGGAGCUGGUGGCGGGGGUCACCCGACUGCGGCGCCGACUGGACUUCGUGGUCGCCAACCUGACGCAACAAACACCUGCGGACAUGGAGUCGGGAGUACGGCAGGUGCUUCGGUUGGGUGUGUACGAGCUGACGGAACGACGCUUGGCGCCGUACGCUUUGAACGAGCACGUACAACUCGCCAAGGUGGUUUCGGGGCCGGGGGCCGGCUCCUUCGUCAACGGUGUUCUCAGAUCCGCCGCCCGGCAGGUUGAGGCCGGUACCCUCCCCACACCUGAGGUACGUCCUCUCCGUCUCCUGGCUCUGCAGCACUCUCACCCCAACUGGCUCGUAUCCCGCUGGCUGAGCCGCUUCGGCCGGCAAGGCACUGAGGCCCUGCUGCGCCGCAACAACAUGCCGCCCAUCUACACGGUCCGUGUCAAUACACUGAGGGCGGGAGCUAGCGUGGAGCGGUUGUUGGGGCAGUUGGCGGCGGUUGGGGUGGAGGCGGAGGCGUCGCCGUUGAUGCCAACGGAGUUCAUUCGGAUUCGGUCGGGGCUGCAGAAGUUGUUGGCUGAGGGUUUCGUGUCGGACGGUUCUCUUGUCGUACAGGACGAGUCCGCAGGCCUCGUGGUUUCCCUCCUGGACCCUCAGCCCGGGGAGAGACUCCUGGACUGCUGCGCGGCUCCCGGGGGCAAGACUCUCUUCGCGGCGGCCCGGAUGCGAGGUCACGGCAGCAUCACGGCGCUGGAUGUGUCGGCGCCGCGCCUGGGCGCCCUCCGCCGCGCCGCUGAGCUGGCGGGUGUCGAGGACAUGGUCACCACACGCGCAGUGGACUUGCGCAGGCGGGUACGGCAACCGGAUACGGCAACCAUGUGGCAGUACGACAAGGUCUUGUUGGAUGCGCCGUGUACGGGAACGGGUGUUUUGGCCAAACGUGCCGAUCUGAGGUGGCGCCGUACACCUGAGCAGCUGUACGAACUGGUGGCGUUACAACAGGAGCUGCUGGAGGCGGCGGCGUGCCUGGUGGCCCCUGGGGGAGUCCUAGUGUACAGCACAUGUGACAUAGAGGAGGAGGAGGACCAAGAGAGGGUGCGGACCUUCCUGGAGCGGCAUCCGGAGUUCGAGGUGGAGCCGGCGGCGGCGGCGGCAGUGCCAUCCGGCCGCCGUGGUUUCGGAGCCUCGUGGGUGCCUCCCUCUGUAGUGACGGCGGAGGGCUUCAUGGCCACGUUGCCGCACGUCCACGACACGGAUGGCGCGUUCGCGGCGCGGCUGAGGCGC